AUAUAAAUCUAAGGUCAAAAAAUGCCAAGAUCAUUAUAUAUAACAAAAAUUAAAAAAAUUAAAAAUCUGAGGGGACACGUGCCCACACUGCCCAAUGUGGGUCCGCCAACAAUAUGUAAGAACUUUUUUUCCUCAAAUAAGGCACUCAAAACCAAAUAGAAAACCAUAUGAAGAUGGAUAUGGAGAGCAAAAGGAAAAACCUGACCAUCCUCAUAUUUGCAAUCUUCUUCUUCAACCUGGUGGGUCAGAAGUUGUGUGGUGGAACUGAAAGAAGAAGGCAAACAGAGGUCCAUGUGGGGGUAAUUCUUGAUAUGGAUUCAAAGCAAGGGAAGAUUAUACAUAGCUGCGUAUCCAUGGCCAUCUCUAAUUUCUAUUCUCUCCACAAUAACUACGCCACAAAACUUGUUCUCCAUACAAGGGAUUCAAAAGGACAACUUCUUCAGCUUGUAUCUUCUGCUCUCAACCUUUUGGAUAAAGUCAAGGUAGAAGCAAUAAUUGGCGCACAGACCAUAAUGGAAGCAAACUUUUUAGCAGAAUUAGGAGAGAAAGCUGGAAUCCCUACAAUUUCUCUCUCAGAAUUUUCCCCGCUACUCUCUAGAAAAUAUCCCUUUUUAGUUCAAAGUACACAAGAUGAAACUUCUCAAUUUAAAGGCAUAGUUGCCUUAAUUGAAGCUUUCAAUUGGAGAUAUGUUAUACUCAUCUAUGAGGACUCAGAUUUUGGGAAAGACAUUUUAUCAAAUAUAAUUUAUUCAUUUCAUCAGAAUAACAUAAAUAUAAUCUAUAAAAUGACAAUUACCAACCCAUGCACAGAUGAGAAAAUUAUUGAAGAGCUCCAUAAGCUUAUGACAUUCCAAAGUACAGUAUUCAUAGUUCAUGUCUCACAGGGUCUCUUGGCUCAACUUGUUGUAAAUGCAAAAAAAAUAGGAAUGAUGAAUAAAGGGUAUGCUUGGCUUUUGACUGCAACUACUAUGAACCUAUUGCAUUUUGUGGUUGACACUUCUGUAAUUGAGUCAAUGCAAGGAAUAAUUGGUUUCAAAUCUUAUAUUCCAAAAUCCAAGGAUCUUUACAAUCUUACUUCAACAUUGAGAAGGAGAAUUUAUAUUGAAGACCCUUUUAUGGAAGUAAUGGAGUUGAAUGCAAAUGGUAUUUGGGCAUAUGAUUCACUUUGGGCUUUAGCAGAAGCAGUUGAGAGGGCAUGGGUUAAACUUCCUCCACGAAAUGAUAAUAAGACUGAAACUGGAACUGAUAACCUGCUUGAUGUUGAUAAAAUUGAAUCAUCUGAACAUGGUCCUGUACUGCUCAAAGAGAUAUUGAAAAGUAAAAUGAUGGGUAUAAGUGGUGAGUUUCAAUUCAAAAACGGGAUAAGAAAGUCAUCAUCGAAUGCUUUUGAAAUAGUGAAUGUGAUAGGCAAAGGGGAGAGGAGAGUAGGAGUUUGGAAAGAAUCCCAUAGGGAAAGAAAUUUACUAUCUACUAAUGAUCUUGAAGGCAUUUUAUGGCCUGGAGGAACAACAAGUACGCCAAAAGGUACUCGUUCUUUGAUGGGAAUCAACGGGACAAAGCUUCUAAGAGUUGGUGUUCCUUCAACAAGAAGUUUUAAAGAAUUGGUGAGUGUGUAUUAUGAUCAUCAAUCAAAUGAAACAAAAUUCACUGGAUUCUGUAUAGAUGUAUUCAAGGCUGCCAUCGAGCUUUUACCCUAUCGAGUUCCUUAUCAGUUUGUGGAAUCAACUCCAAAUCACAGUGCAAUAACUGCAAGGACAUACGUUGAUUUCUUUCACAAUUUCAAUCAUUUGAACUAUGAUGCUAUUGUUGCGGAUACAACUAUCAUGUCAGAAAGAUCCCCAUAUGUUGAUUUUACAAUGCCAUAUACCGAAAUUGGAGUUGGAAUGGUGGUACGAAAUGAAAACAAAAACAUGUGGAUUUUCUUGAAACCACUUUCACUAGAUUUUUGGUUGACAACCGCUAGUUUCUUUAUCAUAAUUGGUUUCAUUGUCUGGAUAUUUGAGCAUCCCAUCAACCAAGAGUUCCAAGGCUCACCGUCUCAGCAAAUUGGAACUGUACUGUGGUUUUCCUUUUCGACCCUUGUCUUUGCUCACAGGGAAAAGUUGUUAAGCAACUUCUCAAAGUUCAUAGUGAUCGUAUGGGUGUUUGUAGUGUUAAUAUUGACUUCCAGUUACACUGCAACUUUAACUUCAAUGAUGACAAUACAACAAAUUCAAUUAAAACCAGAUCAGAAUUAUGUUGGAUACCAGUUUGGUUCAUUAAUUUCUUCUCAAGGAGGAAUUACCAAUAAAUUGCAUUCCAAAGGGUACAAGCCAUAUAAUUCACCUGAAGAAUAUGCCAAAGCUUUAUCAAAAGGAAGUAAGCAUGGUGGUGUUUCUGCAAUUAUUGAUGAGAUUCCUUACAUCAAGAUCUUCCUUGCCAAAUAUCCUGGAGAAUACUCAAUGAUUCAGUAUAUGCCUACUUCCAAUGGUUUUGGCUUUGUGUUUCGUAAAGGUUCAUCUUUGGUUCAUGACAUGUCUUGGGCAAUUGAAAAACUUCGAGAAGAAGGAGAGUUAGCAAAGUUGGAAGCUAUUUGGUUUCACAGUAAACCAACUUAUGCAUAUGUGGAAGGUUCUUCAAAUAGUCCCAAUGCUCUUGAUCUCCAAAAUUUUGGUGGUUUAUUCCUCAUUAGCGGGAUAUCAUUAGCUUUGGCACUUCUCUUACUCUUAACUUUUGUGCUUAGACAAAACAGACAUGUUUUGAAGAACUAUAAGUUUGGAAAUCUUUUACAAUAUAUAGGAUCGUAAUUAGAAAAGGACUAUUUUUCUUUGCCAACAUUUCAUGCUAAAAAUUUGAAUCUAAAACCUCCGGAUGUAGUCUUAUUGGUUUUAUUUUAUUGCUAGGUUAAACCUAAGACUACUAUAUUUUAUCUGCAUUGAAAUAUAAAGCUACCUUGUAUGCAUUGCCUCACCAUGAAA